GAGGCUGAGUGACGUCACGCACGGAGACAGAGAGUCGAGGUCUCCGUGUUUCUGUGGUGUGAAGUUGGGAGAGACAAAGGCGGCCGGGCGUGGUGCUGGAUACCGACCCCCUUCAUAGUCCCAGGACGGGAACGGUGAAUGAGGGAGGAGAGAUCAAGAUCUACUGCCCGAUCUGCAACUGGGUGGUGAUCAGCCUGCCCGCCCUGGAGGACCACAUGAAGCGGCACAGGGGCCUGACCGAGUCCGUGCUAUACCAGUGCCCCCACUGCCCGUACAGCACGGACGAAGCGGCCACGCUGAUCAGCCACCAGAGGAGCCACGCCGACGAGAAGCCCUACAAGUGCUGGGUGUGCGGUGAAGUUUUCGCAAAUUCGGGAGACUUCUGCUCCCAUCAGAGCGUGCACAUGAGGCCCUUCGCGUGCCCCACGAGCGGGAAGGCCUCCUCCGCGUCGGGGAGCCUCCGGGCGCGCCGGCAGGCCGGCGUGGGUUCAAGCGUGUCGACGUCGCCGGCCCGUCCCCCCUUCCUCAGCCACUGCACCCGCGGGAUGGUAGGGGGCGUGACUGCCACUGGGCAGGUCAUGUCGAGCCUCGGGGGCGAGAGUCCCGCGGCGAUCCCCUCGGUGACCCCCUCGGCAUCGCUAACAUCAGAACACAGAGAGACCCUCAGCUUCGAGACAUGGCCGGGGGUGAAGAUGGAAUGCGACGGUGAAGAACCUUCCACCACACUGCGGAUCGUGAAGCGGGAGCACGGAGGGAUCGCCAGCUCUGAGAUGUGGCCAGCGGUGGAGGUAGAAUGUGGGGGGGAGGAUUCUUCCUUUAAGUGCUCGGUGUGCAAUGAAGUUUUCGUGAAUUCGAGAGACUUAUGCUUCCAUCAGAGCGUGCACAUGAAGCAGGCGCGAAGCGGGAAGGCAUUCACCCCAUCACCAGGAGACAUCUCACCGGACGAGAGGAACCACGCGGGUGAGAGGCCCUACUGCUGCAACGUCUGCGGGGAGGACUUCACUCAGUCACACCACCUCCUCAACCACCAGAGGAUCCACACAAGCAAGAAGCCAUACGCGUGCACCGUGUGCGGCAAGACGUUCGCUCACUCGGCCGUCUUCCUCGCCCACAAGCGGGUCCACACGGGCCAAAAGCCGUACAGGUGUGCCACGUGUGGCAAAGCAUUCAAGCAGUCGGGGACGCUCUUCAACCACGAGAAGACCCACGCGGAAGAGAAGCCCUACGGGUGCGCGGCAUGCGGGAAGCGAUUCGCGCAGUCGAAGGGCCUCGUCAGACACGCGAGGACCCACACGGGCGAGAGGCCUCACAGGUGCGCCACGUGCGGCAAGUCCUUCGCCCAGUCGGACACCUUGCGCAUCCACAAGCGCACCCACACGGGCGAGAGGCCGUACGCGUGUGACGUGUGCGGCAGCUCGUUCACGCACGUGGGCACCCUCCACGUGCACAAGAGGACGCACACGGGCGGGAGGCCCUCCGCAUGCCCCACGCGCGGGAAGGCCUCCUCCGGGUCGGGGAGCCUCCGGGCGCAGCGGCAAGCCCGCGUGGGCUCGAGCGCAUCGACGCCGCCGGCCCAUCCCCCCCUCCUCCGCCGCUGCACCGGCGGGAGGGCCAGGCUCCACGAGGGCGUGACUGCCGCUGGGCAGGUCGUGGCGAGCCUCGGGGGCGAGGGUCCCGCGGGGACACUCUCGGCGACCCUCUCGGCGACCCCCUCGGCGACCCCUUGGGCAUCGCGAACAUCAGAACACGGAGAGACUCUCAGCUUCGAUACAUGGCCGGGGGUGAAGAUGGAAUGUGACGGUGAAGAUCCUUCCACCACCCUGCCGAUCGUGAAGCGGGAGCACGGAGGGAUCGCCAGCUCUGAGACGUGGCAAGGAGUGAAGGUAGAAUGUGGGGGGGAGGAUUCUUCCUUUAAGUGCUCGGUGUGUGAUGAAGUUUUCCUGAAUUCGAGAGACUUAUGCUUCCAUCAGAGCGUGCACAUGAAGCAGGCGCCACGCGGGAAGGCAUUCGCCCCACCGCCAGGAGACGUCUCACCAGACGAGAGGAACCACGCGGGCGAGAGGCCCUACUGCUUCAAUGUCUGCGGGGAGGACUUCACUCAGUCGCACCACCUCCUCAACCACCAGAGGAUCCACACAAGCAAGAAGCCGUACGCGUGCACUGUGUGCGGCAAGACGUUCGCUCACUCGGCCGUUUUCGUCGCCCACAAGCGGGUCCACACGGGCAAAAAGCCGUACAGGUGCGCCACAUGUGGCAAGGCAUUCAAGCAGUCGGGGACGCUCUUCAACCACGAGAAGACCCACGCGGAAGAGAAGCCUUAUGGGUGCACGGUGUGUGGGAAGCGAUUCGCCCAGUCGAAGGGCCUCGUCAUACACACGAGGACCCACACGGGCGAGAAGCCCUACAAGUGCUCCACGUGCGGCAAGUCCUUUGCCCAGUCGGGCACUCUGGGCAUCCACAAGCGCACCCACACGGGCGAGAAGCCGUACGCGUGUGACGUGUGCGGCAGCUCGUUCACGCACUUGGGCACCCUCCACGUGCACAAGAGGACGCACGCAGGUGGGAAGGCUUCCUCUGGGUCGGCGAGCCUCCGGGCGCGCCGGCAGGCCCGCACGGGCUCGAGCGCGUCGACGCCGCCGGCCCGUCCCCCCCUCCUCCGCCGCAGCGCCCGCAAGAGUGCCGGGCUCCACGAGGGCGUGACUGCCGCUGGGCAGGUCGUGGCGAGCCUCGGGGGCAAGGGUCCCGCAACGACCCCCUGGGCGAUCCCCUCAGUGACCCCCUUAGCGACCCCUUCGGCAUCGCUAACAUCAGAACACGGAGAGACCCUCAGCUUCGAGACUUGGCCGGGGGUGAAGGUGGAAUGCGACGGUGAAGAUCCUUCCACCUCCCUGCCGAUCGUGAAGCGGGAGCGCGAAGGGAUCACCAGCUCCAAGACAUGGACAGGGGUGAAGGUAGAAUGUGGUGGGGAAGAUUUUUCAGUUCCCCUCUCGAUUGUGAAGCAGGAACGGGAAGAAAGCCCCGGCUGUGAGACGCGGCUGGAGUGAAGGUGGCACACUGGAGGCCGAGUCUCUGUUUUAGGAAUGGAUGUUGAGGUCUACGUGGGAAGAGUGAAGGAGGAGGCUCCAAGCAAGCAUGUCGAGUGAGAG